AUGGCGUUCCAAAUACAUCAAGACAUGGCUCAAGACAAGGAGAUCAAAGAUAUGGAAUUGAUGGAUGAAACUUUUGAUUUCGUUGAUGAUGAUGACCAAGAAUUGGAAGACGAAGGGCUAGAUCAAGAAUUGGACCCUGUGUCAGGAGUGCUGUUGGAAAGAUUCCCAGAAGCUCCGAUCCCUAAUGAUGAAGUUGAGAAUUGGAGAAAUACUUCCAGAAUAUUGAAAUAUAAAUUGAAUCCAAAUGGUAUCAAUGGUGUUGGUUUCAUUUCUCAAGAUCCAACUAGUGAUAAAGAGAUCAAAGUGUUCCCACAAGAGACAAAAUUAUAUCCAAUUUCAAUCCCACAAUCUGAUGAUUCAGAUGCUUAUACAGAAUAUAUUUCAAGUCUUUAUAGUAUAUAUGAAGCACUUGGUGAUGAAAGAUAUUAUUCCGUUGCUACAAUAGGGCUUAUCAAGAAGAAUGCUCAACAUGAACAAGCUGAAGUUUUAAAUAAUGCAUUUUCGUUAACAAUUCAAGAAUUAGAAUUAUACAUUGAACAUAAACAAGCUCAACAAGAUUCAGAUGCUAGUAUAUUUGAAUUAGAAGAAUGUCUAUAUAUAUUAAACGCUUUAAAAGCUGUUUUCUUUGCAAAUGAUCAAGAUGUUCCACAACUCUUAUCACAUUGGAUCAAUAGAGCUGAUCCACAACCAAGUAUUGAAUUAAAUGAAGCUGUUAUGAAAUCUGAAAAACCUUAUCAACAUCCUUAUUUCUGGAAAUUUAUUAAUCAAUUAGUUCUUAGAGGUUUAUAUUCAAAUGCAGCUGAAGCAUUAAAACAUUCAGAAUAUAAGGAAUUAAAUUCAAUUGACUUGAAUUUAUUUAAUUUAUUUACAGAUGCUGAAAAUUUAUUAUCAAAUUAUCCAAUUCAAUCAACACCUGAAGUUUUCAAAGAAUGGAAAAAAGCAGCAAAUACAGCUUCUUCAAAUGCUUCGAUAAGGAAUAAAGUAUCAGAAAAUAAUGAAUUAUAUAAGGGAAUUAAAACAUUACUAAGUAUAAUAUCGGGUAAUAAAUCAAUCAUAUUUGAAACUUCUGAAACUUGGUAUGAAUCAUUAGUUGCAUUAAUAUAUUAUCAUAUCCCAUCAAUUUCUUUAUUAUCUGAAUAUUUCACUGAAUCAUUACAACAUCAUCAACCAGAUCGAACUGUUGUUUGGGAAGUUGCAAGUGUUGAUAUAUUUGAAGGAAAUUUCAUUCAAGUAUUAAGAUCAUUAAGUUCUUUUAAUAGUGCCACUGCAGCAUACACUUCCGCAUUAUUAGAAGCUAAAGGUUUAUUAAAAGGUUAUUCAUUAGAUGAAGAUGAAAAUGGUAAAAUAAUUGGUCAAAAUUCCUUGUUGGAUCAAGAAGAUUUAUUUUCAACAAGAAAUGUUUCAGAAUUUUUAUUACAUGGUCAUGCACUUGAUUGUCUUUCAAUUGAAAAAUUAAUACCUGUGGGUAUUGGUCUUUUAGCCCUUUCAAGAAAUCCAACUGCAAGAAGUGUUAUAGCUGAAUAUUUACCAAAAUAUAAUUUUAAGACAAAUGAUGAUAUUGAAUGGGCUUUAACAAUUUGUGCAAGUUUAAAAUUACCAACAAUUGCACAUGUUUUAUUUAGAACCGCGGCACAAAGAGCAUUAAAUUUAGGUCUUGUAUUAGAAGCAUUAACAUUAUUUGCACGUGCUGGUGAUAUUGAAUAUGUUAAACAUCAUACAUGGUUUAUUUUUGAAAAAUCAUUAAUUUUAGGUAAACCAAUUGAUGAUUUGAUUAUAAAUGCGGUGAUUGAUGAUUCUAUAAUUAUAGAAGAUAUUGAUCCUGAAUCAUUAAAAUUAUCACCAAUUUUACGUCAAUUAUUAUCACCUUAUGCUAUAUUAUAUCAAUUUUGGAAAUUUAAAGAAUCUGGUUCAUUAAAACAAGCAAUUACAAGAUUAAUUUCAUUAUUAAAAUUCCCACAUUUACCACCAAAUUUAUUUGGUUUAUUAAUUUCACAAUUUUUACCAUUUAUUAUAUUUUUAACUCCACCAAAAAUUUUAACAAAGCAAGAAUUAUUAUCAGUUGUUAAAAUUUUAGAUCAAUUUGAUAAUAAUUUCAUAAAUAAAAAGCAUGGUAACUCAAAAAUAUUAGAACAAGCAAAUAAAUUAUAUAAAAUAUCUAUUGAUGAAGAUAAAUUACAAUCUAAACCAGAUAAUUAUUGGGUUAAACAAUUGAAAGAAUCUGAAAUAACACCUCCAACUGAUUUCCAAAAUUUAUUAAUAUUAGUUAGAAGAAAUAUUGCAGUUGAAAUUGGUAGAUCAUUUUUAGAAGAAAGAUAUAAUUAG